AUGGCCAAAAAACAUUUGAGCACAUCAAGCCAUGUAGUAGAAGCAGACGAACAUAUAUCAUUAGCGAAAAUAAGUGAAUCGAGCUUGGUUCCCGAAUCAGAAAACAUUGAAUCCUUAGGAUUGCCUUCAAAUGUCAUACAAGAGAUUAAUAAAUCAAGCAGUGAUGCAGAACAAAGCAAAAAUUCAAGCAUUGAUUUAGAACGUGAAGCGAAUAAUAAUCUAGAAGAAAGUCUUCUUCCUAAUCAUGACCCGGAUGAAUCGGGAUUAUAUGUUAAAGAGCCAUUAAAUAGGUAUCACCCGUAUAUUCUGACAAUGCAAUUGGCUAUCAAUCGUGAAAAGCAUAAGCCUACAGGUCCAGAGAUGCUAAACAUAUUCCUAAAUAUACUUAGUGUUCCUGGUCUGGUGAAAUAUGUCAUGCCACAAGAGAUUGAAAAAAUGAUGAUAGGUAUUGGAAGAAUGAGGCGUCUUGGAUUAUAUGAAUUAUUAGUGGAUGAAGGAGUUGAGCUUACACCUUUUGCCUAUACGAAAAUGUUCAUCACCUAUCUAAAGACUCAUAAUGGUCGAAAAGCAGGUGAAUUGCUCGAGAAAAUGAAAUUGCUUGGAAUUGAGCCUGAUGCUUUUCAAUACAAUAACGUGGUGAGAACGAAAAUCGAGAAUUGUCGAGAUCAUGACGUGGAAAAUGCAUUACAUUACUUUGAUGAAAUGACGUCAAAGAGAUAUCAACCUGAAUUUCCUCUGUAUUCAGCUGUAAUUCAUAGGCUUGUCGAAUUACGUAGAAUUAAUGAAGCGGCAAAGUUAUGUUUUGAGAUGGUCUCGAAGGGAUUGACUGCAACUGAUACAGUUCUUUCUGAUGUUAACUUUUCGGAUAUAUUAGAUGACCGAGGAAACAUUAUUAGUGAUGGUAGUAGUGUCCCAAAAGAAGAGGAAGAUAAUGAAAAUAAAAUGAAUAAAAUGGAAAAGGCAUUAAUAAAGACAAUUUAUAAUAUUUUAGUUCGAACUUUGAUCAGUAGAGAUAAAUUAAUCAGAGCUACAAAGUUUUACGUUUUUUCACAACAAAUUACGCGUAGUCCACCGGAUGUUCCACUUUUGGAACUGUUAAUCGAGUCCAGCAUUAAAUUCUCAAGAUAUGACAUUGCCUUGAAAGUACUGGAUACUCAUUGGAAAGAUCAUGAUAUUUCAUACUUGUAUGUGAGAAUGAUCAAACAUUGCGUGAAAUUAAAUCUGCUAAAAGAAAUAGACGAGUUUUACAUGCAAACCAGAAGACUAAGAAUUUUGCUACCCAAUGAUCUUUAUCCAUUUCUUCUUACAAAAUAUCUUGAUCGAGGAUUUUUAAGGGAAGCAAUUCAGACUUAUUUCGAUGGGAGAAAAAGAAUGAUAAGAUUUGAUAUUGAUAUCUAUAACAAGUUAUUGAAAGGCAUGAGGGAAGAUCAGACUCUUAAAGACUUUAUCGUUCAAGACAUGAUAAAUGCUAAAAAGAAACCCACUACGGAUACUUAUCAUGCUUUUAUGGAACUGGCGACUUCAAAAAAAGAAACAAAAUCAGCAAUGAAAAUUUUUGAUUUCAUGACAAAAUCUAAACAUGAAAUACAACAUAUCACUUAUCGACAAUUGCUUAAAGGGUUCGCAGGAAUUGGAGAUAUGAAAGGCGCCAAUAGAAUAUUUGAUUCUAUGUUGCAAUCUUCUUUCAAGCCUACAAUUGUUGACUAUAACCUAAUGUUAUACGGAUACAGUCAAAUUUCAGCGGACAGUGCCAAAAACAUAUUUCUUGGAAUGGCAGAAGCUGGCAUUGUGCCUGAUGUGACUACUUUUUCAAUAUUGAUUGCUGCUUAUUUGGAUGCCGGUGACGUAGCGAAAGCUUUUAGUUCAUACGAGGAAAUGAAAAAACGAAGAAUAAAGCCAGAUGUGCGAAUUCUAAACGUAAUUAUUAAUCAUCUCUUAAAGACUGUUGGAGUACAUGGCGCGACAAAAUUUUUUUUCGAUCAGUAUAAACAAAUGGAAAUUGCACCGCAGUUUAGUACUCUAAUGAUUCUCUUGCGUGGAGCUUACCGAGAGCAAGAUUUAGACUUUACUUCGUUAUUUUAUCGAGAGAUGAGAAAAUUCGGGUUCACCUUACAAAAUAACUUUUUCUAUAUGGAUCUUUUGGAAUUUUUUUUGUCGAAUAAUCAAAUUUCAGAAGCGAAUAUAGUCCUCGAGGAUAUCGAUUAUUAUCGUAUUGUUAGCAAGCUUAAUUUUGAUAAGGAUAAUUUGGCAGAGCGGAAGUAUCGAAUGGAAAAGGAUGACAAUGAUCAUAUUGAGGAAGCUGAAAAUGAAAAUUCGACUAGUCAUUAUGAUUAG